CUGUCUUCUCGUCUUCUCUGCGUUGAAAGUUCUACGGCCAAUUUUGGUGGGGUUUCGCCAUCUCCGGCGAGGAGGAAGAAGAUAUAUACGUACACCUUUACGUACAUACAGGCGGGAUUGUGAUUGCUUUCUCAGCUCGUCAUGGUGCGAGGAGUGGAGCUUUCACUCACAGAACUUCAGAACCUAAUCGAUACAAACCCUAAUUAUCCUAACUAAUGUAUCUCACAGCCAUUGAAUCGGUUAAUGGCUCGAUUCCCGCCUCGCUGCCUCCACCUCGUUGUCUUCCUAGCCCUCAUCCUGAACCCUAGAACAGUCCUCGCCGCAUUCUCGGACUCCGAUUCUGAUGAGCUCCUCUUUCACCAGGACUACUCCCCCCCGGCACCCCCGCCGCCGCCGCCUCACCCGCCGUCGGUAUCGUGCGAGGACGAUCUCGGAGGCAUCGGCUCGCUUGACUCGGCGUGCCAGAUAAUCUCCGACCUUAACCUCACCAAGAAUGUGUACAUUGCGGGAAGUGGCAGCCUCGCGAUUCUGCCCUCUGUGCGGUUCCUUUGCCCCAGGGAGGGCUGCGAGAUUACCGUCAACAUCAGUGGGAAUUUCUGUCUCGGAGAGAAUGCCACGAUUGUUACAGGAACCUUUGAGCUGAACGCCUUCAAUGCGAGCUUUGCCAACGGGACGGCGGUGAAUGCGACGGGGCUGGGGGGCCCACCGCCGCCCCAGACUAGUGGUACUCCGCAGGGGGUCGAUGGGGCAGGCGGGGGCCAUGGAGGGCGAGGAGCAGGCUGCUUUACGGAGGAGGACAAGGAGAAGGGAAAAACCCCUGAUGAUGUCUGGGGAGGAGACGCGUACUCGUGGCAGUCGCUGGACCAGCCGUGGAGCUAUGGGAGCAAGGGAGGGAGCACUAGUAGAGAGAUGGAUUACGGGGGAGGAGGAGGGGGGAGAGUCAAGCUCGUAAUCGGGGGAUACUUGGAGGUCAAUGGCAGUCUGUCGGCGGAUGGAGCUAACGGAGGGAGCAGAGGGGGCGGUGGCUCCGGUGGCAGCAUCUAUGUCAAGGCACAGAGAAUGACAGGAAAUGGUCAGAUAAGUGCAUGUGGUGGUGAUGGUUAUGCUGGAGGCGGAGGUGGAAGAGUUUCAGUCAAUGUCUUCAGUCGGCAUGAUGAUCCAAAAAUAUUCGCACAUGGAGGAAAAAGUUUUACCUGUCCAAAUAAUAAUGGUGGCGCUGGAACCUUUUAUGAUGCUGUUCCUCGGCGUCUUAUUGUUGACAACCACAAUAUGUCCACAGAUUCAGAUACCCUGCUGAUGGAAUUCCCAAAUCAGCCCCUUUGGACAAAUAUUUAUGUCCGAAAUCGUGCUAAAGCUUCUGUUCCCUUGCUUUGGAGUCGUGUUCAGGUCCAAGGACAGAUAAUGCUAAAUAAAGGAACUUUGAGUUUUGGGCUAGAACGUUAUGCAACGUCAGAGUUUGAAUUACUGGCGGAAGAAUUGUUAAUGAGCGACUCUUUGAUCAGGGUGUAUGGGGCCCUACGGAUGUCUGUGAAAAUCUUUUUGUUGUGGAAUUCCAAAAUGGUCAUAGAUGGUGGUGGUGAUGCAGCUGUUGCAACUUCCUUGCUUGAGGCUAGUAACUUAGUCGUCCUCAGGGAAGCUUCUGUGAUACGUUCUAACGCAAAUCUCGGGAUUCAUGGACAAGGUUUGCUGAAUCUAUCAGGACCAGGGGAUAUGAUUGAAGCACAAAGAUUGGUGCUCUCACUAUUUUAUAGUAUUCAUGUUGGUCCGGAAUCUGUUUUGCGUGGACCCUCAAACAAUGUGACAUCAGAUGCUGUAAUUCCGAGGCUUCAUUGUGACUCACAAGCUUGUCCCAUGGAAAUACUUCAACCGCCUGAAGAUUGCAAUGUCAACUCCUCCCUCUCUUUUACUCUCCAGAUAUGUCGGGUUGAGGAUAUCAGUGUUGAAGGUAUGGUAGAAGGAUCUGUUGUUCAUUUUCACAGGGCAAGAACGGUUGCUGUCCACUCUAUUGGAACAAUAAGUGCAUCGGGUUUGGGUUGCACGGGAGGAAUAGGUAGAGGAAGUGUUAUCAAUGGAAUUGGAAGUGGUGGAGGACAUGGCGGCAGAGGUGGGGCUGCAUGCUACAAUGAUAAGUGUAUCCAAGGUGGGAUUUCUUAUGGAAAUGAAGAAAUGCCAUGUGAACUUGGUAGUGGAAGUGGAAACGAUAGCACUGGUGGUUCAACUGCUGGCGGGGGUGUAAUAGUAAUGGGUUCAGUGGAGCAUCCUCUCUCAAGCUUGUCCAUUGAGGGCUCAGUGACAUCUGAUGGAGAAAGUUUCGCACAUUUCAUGCCAAAAGAAGAAUCAGCUUUUGUCAAUACCGCAAAUGGAGGUCCAGGAGGUGGUUCUGGGGGUACCAUAUUAUUGUUCUUGCAAGCCCUGGAUAUCAGCAACUCUGCAGUUCUUUCUAGUGUUGGGGGCAGGGGUAGUCCUAAUGGAGGUGGUGGAGGUGGUGGCGGAAGGAUUCACUUUCAUUGGGCAAACAUCCCUACGGGAGAUGUCUAUCAGCCAAUUGCCAGCGUGAAUGGGAGCAUUGAUACUGGGGGAGGUUUGGGUAAAGAUCCCAGGGGGGCUGGAGAAAAUGGUACAGUGACUGGGAAGGCUUGUCCCAGAGGACUCUAUGGGACAUUUUGUAAGGAAUGUCCAGCUGGCACAUUUAAGAAUGUAACUGGAUCAGACAGGGAACUUUGUCAUCACUGUCCUGCGGAUGAGCUUCCUCAUCGUGCCAUAUAUAUUCCUGUACGAGGUGGCAUUUCAGAAACUCCUUGCCCAUACAAAUGUGUUUCUGAGAGAUAUCACAUGCCACAUUGUUAUACAGCUCUUGAGGAGUUAAUUUACACAUUUGGUGGGCCGUGGUUGUUUGGUCUUGUUCUUGUGGGCCUCUUGAUCCUUUUAGCUUUGGUCCUUAGUGUCGCACGAAUGAAGUUUGUUGGAGUGGAUGAAUUACCGGGACCAACUCCAACACAACGAGGUUCUCAGAUUGAUCACUCAUUUCCUUUCCUAGAAUCUUUGAAUGAGGUUUUGGAAACAAACAGAGCCGAGGAAUCCCAGAGUCAUGUGCACAGGAUGUACUUCAUGGGUCCUAAUACUUUUAGCGAACCUUGGCAUCUCCCACAUACUCCUCCUGAGCAAAUAAAGGAGAUUGUAUAUGAAGGUGCUUUCAAUACAUUUGUGGAUGAGGUUAAUGCUAUAGCUGCUUAUCAAUGGUGGGAAGGAGCAAUGUACAGCAUCCUUUGUGCCCUUGCCUAUCCACUUGCAUGGUCAUGGCAGCAAUGGCGUCGAAGAUUGAAACUUCAGCGUCUACGAGAGUUCGUUCGGUCAGAAUAUGAUCAUUCUUGUUUACGGUCUUGCCGAUCUCGGGCCCUUUAUGAAGGAAUUAAGGUCGCUGCAACAUCUGAUCUAAUGCUAGCAUAUGUGGACUUCUUCCUGGGUGGCGAUGAAAAGAGAAGCGAUCUCCCAGCUCGCCUGCAUCAAAGAUUCCCAAUGGCUAUAGCAUUUGGAGGUGAUGGAAGCUAUAUGGCCCCAUUUUCUCUUCAAAGCGACAGUAUACUUACCAGCCUCUUGAGCCAGGCAAUUCCACCUACUACCUGGUAUCGACUGGUAGCGGGUUUAAAUGCACAAUUGCGAUUGGUUCGCCGAGGAAGACUCAGGGUUACAUUGAGACCUGUUUUGAGAUGGCUUGAAACUCAUGCUAACCCGGCGUUAAGGAUUCAUGGAGUUCGUGUUGACCUUGCAUGGUUCCAGGCAACAAGUUGUGGUUAUUUCCAGUACGGGCUGUUGGUGUAUGCCGUUGAAGAGCAAAGUGAGUCCACACAUGCUGAAAGUGUUCAAGGAAUAGUGCCAGCUGAGCGACAAACUCGUGCAAAGAGCCGAAAAGAGUCAUUAAUAUCGGGUCAGUUGGAAGAGGCAUUGCUGAGCCGUUCCCAAAGGAGCAAUGAAACUCACAGGAGGCGGAAACGGUCGCAUGCGGGAGUUAUAGAUAUCAGCAACUUGCAAAUGCUCGAAGAGAAGAGAGAUCUGUUUUAUAUUCUCUCUUGCGUGGUUCAUAAUACUAAACCUGUUGGCCACCAGGAUCUUGUUGGUCUAGUCAUUUCGAUGCUACUGUUAGGGGAUUUUAGCUUAGUUUUGCUGACUCUGCUCCAGUUAUACUCGAUUUCUUUGGCGGAUGUGUUCUUGGUUUUGUUCAUACUGCCCCUCGGUGUUCUCCUCCCUUUCCCAGCGGGUAUCAAUGCUCUGUUCAGUCAUGGACCCAGGCGCUCUGCAGGCCUGGCCCGUGUCUAUGCAUUGUGGAACAUUACUUCCUUAGUCAAUGUUGUGGUUGCUUUCCUCUGCGGUUACAUUCACUAUAACAACCAAUCCUCGGGGAAGAAGCUGCCUUACCUUCAGCCGUGGAAUAUUAGCAUGGAUGAGAGUGAAUGGUGGAUUUUCCCGGCAGGGCUGGUCCUCUGUAAAGUCUUACAGUCCCAACUGAUUAACUGGCACGUUGCGAAUCUGGAAAUUCAGGAUCGCUCCCUGUACAGUAAUGAUUUCGACCUCUUUUGGCAGUCCUGAUACGGCAGUUUCCUGUCAUCUUUUUGUUUCUUUUUUCCCUUGUAUGUUGUCGUUCGUUCUUAACCCGCUGAUUCCUCUUUGCUAACCCAAUCAUGGCCACUAUCAUCCAUUUUGCUGUUCGUAUUGUCACUGACGGAUUGAGAUAUAGGUGAGUGAGUGAGUGAAUGAUAGAUACAAGAAUAAUAGUAAACAAUGAAGGGAAAGAGCAGAUGUAUAGAAAUGAAUUGACUAAUGAAAGAUGAUUCAUUCAUGUGAUUAUUAUUUUCAUUUUCAUUUUAUUUUUAUCUUUUGUAUUUUAUUUAUAUUAACAGAGGACUGAGUUUAUGUUAAAGGUUUCUUUCUUGGUGCGUUAUGUAUAUAUAAACAUAAGUCUACACUCUGUGUGUUAUUCAACUCUUGAUUUCCAUUGCCAUC